AUGUCUCGCUUCCCGGCCGCCAAAGCAGCUCUGCUCUUCGCUCUUAUCAGUGUGACCACCGCGAGUUUGACCGGAGUGAUACUGAAUCCACUCAUCAGCGGGACGGAAGGGGCGUUGAAGUGGCAGCCAGUCCUUGACUGGGACAAGGACGUAUGUUAUCAAACUUCGGCCAUAGACUCCAACGGCAACACCAAUCCUGGUCUGGAUGCAAAGUUUUCCGUAGGAGAGUGUCGCGAUUCGUCGCGCCAGUGGAACUGCAACACGUAUGCACGUGAACGAUGCAACCACGGAUGGUGCGUCUACAUGUACGCUUACUACAGCGAGAUGGACAGGGCUGUGGCUGACACUACCGGACACCAUGACAACGCCGACCCACGGGAUGUUCGCUGGGAGGGUUACCACCCAAAGUUGGUCGCGCACCGCGGCGGGGCGAACACAGCAUCACUACGUCUCGCUAAGGCGGCGGAUGAUAACAUUGAGAACGACUUGGGGAUCUGGCAGGCAUGUCAUCUUCAACAGAUUGGCGUCAUGGACAACGGUCUCGCUCAAGGACUCUUGAACACGAACUGGGGGAAUGCCCACAUGGACCUGCCUGACGGUCGCUUCCAGGAACAGUUGGAGAAAUACAUGCCGAAGCAGGCCAGGCAGGACGGCUUUACUGCGCGCGACUAG